AUGUCCCGCUUCGCUAUGCUCGCUGUUUUCCUCGGUACCCUCACCUCUAUCGUCACCGCCACGCCCAUCGACGGCGGCGAGAUUGAAGUUCUCGAGAAGCGUGUCACCCAUACCGGAAAGGCCACGUAUUACUACCCAGGCCUCGGGGCCUGCGGCGAGACCGACGGUAACAACGACCCCGUCGUCGCCAUUUCUCACCUCAUCUACGGCAGCGGCGGAAACUGCUUCCAGUAUAUGCAGAUCACUAACCCGGCCACGGGCACCAGCCAGUACGCCAAGACCGUCGACGAAUGUGAGGGCUGCGGCCAGUACGACAUCGAUCUGAGCCCCUCUCUCUUCGAGUCCCUGGGUGCUCCGCUCUCUCAGGGCGUUAUCAACGGUGUUGAGUGGCACUUUAUGGCUAAGGGAUGGAGCCCGUAA